GUUAUGUCGUCGCUCCUUUCAUUCAACUUUCAGGAUUUCAUUUAUUUGCGCAACUUGAUACCCACCGAUCGUGUUGCGAAUCGACGAUCAUGUCUGAACAAUCCAACACCAAAUACCUCAACAUCUUCCUCGAUCGCAUCAUACCUGACAAUGCGACGUGCAACACCAUCCUUUCUUGCUGCUGUCCUGCAGACAUCAUAGCGCUAUCGAGGACAUGCAAGGGCGUCCGGCCGAAAACGAUGUGCUUCAUGACCCGCGCAUACGACAUCAACCACCAUCUCCUCCGCUUUUUCGAUGAGCCCACCAAAUUUCGAUCGCUCCAAGCGCGCACUGGAACGCUAAUAUCCGGAUCCUUCGCACUGCAGUUCUUCGACCGAACGGUCUAUCCCGAAUCCGAUCUCGAUCUAUACGUCCACUUGCCGCGCAGAAAAGAGGUCGGACACUGGCUGCUCGCAGAAGGCUAUUCCUUCGCGCCAAAUACUAAGCAGGACCCCGAUUUCGACAACGCCGUGGACGACGAGAGAAUCCUCGUCCGAGAUGGGAUCUAUACCAUGCGCGGAGUCGCUGCCGUGUUCACCUUCACCAAGAAGGUGAGGGACACUGAGACGGAAUGCAAAGUGCAACUCGUAAUUGGGUCAAAUAGCCCCAUGGAGAUCAUCCUCUCCUUCCACUCCACGUGCGUCAUGAACGUCAUAUCAUACGAAAAAGCGUACUCCCUCUAUCCUCGCGCGACUUUCAAAGAGCGCAGGUCCCUCGUCUGCGCCACCGACGGUCCCAAACAAGAGCCCGCCAUCGAAAAGUACAGCGCGCGCGGCUGGCAAAUGCUCCGCAAGCUGUCCAGGAAAGAGCGGCGUUCGACUAACUGUUCCUUCAGGGGUGGCUCGCGGUGGAUCGCCGAUCACGACAGCUGGGUCAUCGAACUCGACUUGGCCGGGGUCGAUCUCUCCCCUGCGCUGUCGUCCGCCUCGCUGCCGCUCGUCUGUGAUCCCGUGGCGGUUACGAACUGGACGCUGCAGUUCUCAAAUUACGAGCCGCACGGCAUGGAGUUCACCGUUGUUAGCACUGACAAGCUCUACUACGAAUAGGUCGUGGGUGAGGCCUCGGACUUAUAUGACAAUGCGAAGUGGUCGGUUUCAACGCGAAAAAACGUGCAUCGCGAAACCACCGCAAUCAAAUAUUAUGACGGGGCUUUCAUGGCUUGCAGCCUGGCCAUUUUGAAGCAACAGCAAAAAUCCGGUUUCAUACCAUGAACAGCCAUGUUAGAUCGUGCGCAUAUCAGUGGAAUUCUAUGCGGCUAUUUCCUUUCGUUUGCUCGCGUCCUUUUUGUACUAUUAGCCGUACCAGUCGAUACUUUGUACCACCAACUAUCCUGCUUUGACAACUAUGCUGUAGAUCCUACCGUGUAUAUGUAUCGAUGUAAUCAAAACCUCAGGCCUCAGGUUUCAAG